GCUCCGUUCCGGUCGCCACCUGCACCCAGCUACCCCUACAACAAUGGACACUUCCAACUCCGGCUCUUCCGGCGCCUCAAACCCUAACGCCCAGACGACCCCACCUGCGGCGCCCUCUUGGACUGUGACGAGCCCUCAGCGCGAUCCCCCUGUCUUUGCGGGACUCCGCGGUGAUGACGUAGACGAUUGGAUCGACCACUACGACCGCGUGAGUUCUUGCAACAAGUGGAACGACAUCCAGAAAUUGAGGCACGUCGCCUUCUACUUGACGGGUGUUGCGAAGACGUGGUAUUUCAACCACGAAUCCGACAUCGCGGAUUGGUCCACGUUUACCUCAAAGCUGCGGCAAAUCUUCGCUUCCUCGUCUGGCCGUGCAGAAGUCGCCAAACAGAAGCUGGGAACGCACCGCCAACUUCCCCAAGAGUCUUACACCUCAUACAUAGAGGAUGUCUUGGCUCUGUGCCGCCGUGCGAAUCCUAGCAUGACGGAAGCCGAACGCGUUCGCCACAUCUUAAAAGGCUUUGGGCCUGUCGCGCUCAACGCCUUAAUCGUGCAAUAUCCGGCUUCUGUCCAAGACAUCACUUCAACAUGUCAACGCCUCGACGAGCUGCAGCCUAUUCGUCUUCCAGAUGACAGCAGUGAACCUCAGGUUCCUCAUUCUCCAGAUCUACGUGCUCUUAUCCGCACCAUCAUCCGCGAGGAGCUUCAACUACAAGACCUAAAGCGUCCCCCUGCUGCCUGCGCACCAAACCCCACCUUCGACUUGCGCGAGGUCGUAAAGCAGGAGUUGACAGCGAUGACUACACCCACGACGCAUCUUGCUCCGGUAGCGCGCUCCACACCUACCUACGCGGAUGUUGUCUCGCUACCCACCCCUACCGUGACUUCCGUGCCUACUGGCGUUUCCUAUGACCAUAUGGCUUCGAUGGGAACCAGAGCACUUGUUGCGCCAUCGUACCCUCAGUGGCGUCCACCUCGUCCGGUUUGUUUUUACUGCGGUCUACGCGGCCAUAUAUCUCGCUUCUGCCGCCGGCGCCAGCAGGAUGAAGGGCGAGGCUAUGCUGAGCACGAAAGAGACCGCACUCGCCGAUCCGACGACUACUAUCCCGGAUCGGACUCGUUUCCUCAACAGCGUUCUCCAUCUCCUCCAACUGCUCCCAAUCUGCCUUAUAGUUCCCGUUCGGCCAGACGUAGUUCUCCAUCGCCUUACCGGCGCUCUACAUCACCGCUUCGCCCCACUUCCCAUGUUGUCGACCAGCACUCGGAAAACUAACUGUUGCAGUUUUUGGAGGGGAAACUGCUUCUUAUCGGUUUUCAAAAAGUCCUCCUGUUUGCCCGGCCAACAUGCUUUCUGUGACUGUCGAAGGUGUUCCCGCGUCAGCUCUCAUCGAUACCGGUGCCGCCGUUUCUGUUCUUCGGAGUGAUCUGUGUUGCCGGCUGCGUAAAGAAAAAUCGCCUUAUCUUGGACCUAUUUUGCGUGGUGCUAAUAAUGCAUUCAUUCACCCUGACGGACAGUGUACUGCUCGUGUUCUCAUCGACGGCAUACGCCACCACAUCGAGUUUAUCAUCCUUCCAACGGGUAUCCAUGAACUUAUACUUGGUUGGGACUUCCUACAUUCUGCUUCAGCCGUCAUUUCAUGUAGAGAGGCAGUUGUCCACAUCAUGGAUACAGAGCUUGAACCUGUUGCGGACUCUUCACUUUCAUGCGUGAACUUGGCCAUCGCUGCAGACUACGUCCUGCGUCCUGGUCACGAAGACGUUGUAGCCGUAACAUCCAGUCAGAUCGCCGACGGAGACACCCUAGUCGCCCCUUCUUCCCGCUGUACUUCUCGCAGAAUUCUCAUUGCCACCUGUCUCGUCCGGUUUUCACGCGGCCGCGCCCUUCUGCCUGCUUGCAACACGACCGCAGAUCCUGUGACGCUGCCCAAAGGGAUGACUGUGGCAACCCUCGCCGACACUCAACCUAUCUCUCUAGUCACGCUUUGCCCAUCUUCAUCGCCAGCACCAACCUCAGGUUUGGAUGAUUCUUUCCCUCCUCCAGCCAUUCUUGGUUCUGACCUAACAGCCGCGCAGUCCGAAGCCUUAAUGGUGGUCUUGGCAAAACACAAAGCCUGUUUCGAUAGCUGUUCCCCUGUGUUGAGCCAAACUCCUGCGGCUACACACUGCAUCGAAACCGAUGGUUCCGCUAUAAUACGACGACGCCCCUAUCGUGUAUCGCCGUCCGAACGAAAGGUCAUUGAACAACAGGUCGCUGACAUGCUUGCGCGGAAGAUAAUACGACCUUCAUCUAGCCCAUGGGCGUCUCCCGUGGUCCUGGUAAAGAAAAAAGAUGGCUCAGUUCGCUUUUGCGUGGAUUAUCGAGCGCUCAAUAAGAUCACACGCAAGGACGUAUAUCCAAUACCUCGAAUCGACGACGCUUUGGACACACUACAAGGGGCGGAGUAUUUCUCCAGCCUUGAUCUUCGAUCAGGAUAUUGGCAAAUUCCGAUGAACGAGACUGACAAAGAAAAGACCGCAUUCGCUAAACCGGAUAGCCUUUAUGAAUUUAACGUGAUGCCUUUUGGCUUUUGUAAUGCUCCUGCCAUAUUUGAGCGCAUGAUAGACAACGUACUUCGUGGUCUAAAAUGGAAGACAUGCCUCUGUUAUCUGGACAAUAUUGUCAUCUUUUCGUCUGACUUCAGCCAACAUCUUAAUCGAUUAGACGAAGUUCUCAAGUGCCUUGCGAAUGCUGGUCUCCUGAUCAAUACAAAAAAAUGCAAAUUUGCAAGCAAAACAAUAAAAGUAUUGGGUCACGUCGUUUCAAAAGAUGGCAUCCAGCCUGACACGAAAAGAUUAGUGCCGUUCUUCAGUUUCCUCGCCCCCAGCAACAGAAAGAUCUACGUAGUUUCCUCGGCUUGGCGUCAUAUUUUCGUAGGUUUAUACGCAACUUCGCAGCAAUAGCAGCUCCUCUACACAAGCUACUGGUUACCGGUGCCUCUUUCACGUGGACUAGCGACUGCGAGUCGGCUUUUCAAGCUCUUAAGCGGCAUCUUACUUCCGGACCAGUGCUUCGCCACUUCGAUAAUCGUGCCCCCACCAUACUCCAUACUGACGCAAGCGCACAAGGUAUUGGCGCAGUACUUCUGCAACGUAAUACAGCAUCUAAAGAGCAAGUCAUAGCAUAUGCCAGCCGAACACUUUCUCCAGCUGAGCGGAACUACACCAUUACAGAGCAAGAGUGCCUGGCUAUCGUUUGGUCGAUUCAGAAAUUUCACCCAUACCUUUACGGCCGCCACUUCACCAUCGUCACCGACCAUCAUGCUCUGUGUUGGCUGUCAUCAAUGAAAAACAUGUCAGGACGCUUAGGACGCUGGAUACUCCGCUUGCAGGAAUAUGACUUCACUAUAACGUACAAGUCUGGAAAGCGCCAUCAUGAUGCAGACGCAUUGUCUCGCUGCCCGCUCUCACUCUCUCCAGGUAACGCGCCGUCGUCUUCCCAACCACGUCGUUCCGAUGCUACGCCUGCCUCUCACCAACUUUCGAUAACGCCCCUGGACCAAGUUACGCUUUCAUCACGCUCUGAUAUCGUCUCACUUCAGCGGGCCAACUCCUACUGUCGAGCUCUCAUGGAUCGCCUUAGUGGGUUCGCCGAACCACCAAACAGCCGCUUGCGACGCCAACUUCGACAAUUCCGCCUUCAAGGUGGCGUGCUACACCGCUACAGUUACUUGCACGUCUCCUGGUGCCACCUGGUAUGUUCUCUACCGAAACCAGAAAGAAGGAUCCUUCGGAGCGCAUGACAACUGCCUGGGGGACACCCAGAUGAGCAAGGUGGUCGAUGCGAAGGGCCAGUUCCGCGUGCGCUACGGUUAUGGCCACGAAAGGAACGCUACGUUCACAUACAAGUCUUCUGACGGACGAAAUUUUAACAUCUUGCAGACUCAGUUGGAUGGCG